CAGAAAGGGGUUGAAGAGGGUCGUGCCAGCUUUCUAGUGGCUGCCAUUGGGAUUGGAAACACACUAGGUCGAGUAGUCUUCGGUGCACUAGCGAUGACCCGGCGUGUACGGAUAAGGCUACACCUCUACAACAGUUCUCUUGUGAUAUGUGGACUCAUCACGACCAUCAGCUGCUGGGCAGUAGAGUAUCCACUCAUGCUCACUUAUAACCUGGCGUUUGGAUUCUUCAGUGGAUCCUACGUGACCCUCUUUUCCGUGCUUUUGGUGGAUCUUCUGGGCAUCGAGUUCCUCAAGGAUUCCUUCGGACUGAGCCUCCUUAUAAUGGGUGUUGCAGUCAUUGUUGGACCUCCGAUAGCAGGUGCAUACUAUAACGUUACAGUAAAAACAUUGGCAACACCAUUAGAUCAGGUCAAAACUUCACUGGUACAAGCCAUCGAAUUGAAGAGCAUGUGCGGGACCAGUUUUACCCUUGUAAUUGCUUUUCCUACUGUCGUUCGUUUAACCAUUGAGCUUCACGAAGAAGGUCUGCAUUAUGUUUCUCCACCACACGAUUGGCUAAAAUUGGAUGCAAGUGCUGGGCUGUCACUGGUUAACGCCGAGGCGGCUUCUUCUGGCCAGUCCUCAUUUCCUCCCUUGAACGGAGUAAACCGAUUUUGGGACGGAGUGAAGGCUCACAAUGGAGUCUCGAUUCUCAUUUAUAAUAAGGAUCGGGAGAGCUUUGUUUUCGUAAAACAGUUUCGUCCAGUCGUUUUCUACGCUUUACUACGUAACCUCGAGGGAGAAAACGUAACAGAUGUUGAUGCAGUGCCUCACACUCCGAUCGGUGCCGAUGGAAAGCCAAUUCACCUCUCAUCCUCAAAAGGUGAGACGCUGGAACUCUGUGCCGGGAUUGUUGACAAGGCGGACGCUACACUGGAAGAGACAGCGGUCGGCGAAAUUCACGAGGAAUGCGGUUAUCGUGUGAAUCCCUCUAGAUUGAGAAAAGUCACUACUGGAUGGUAG